CUGCAGCAACACCACAAACCCAAUAGAUUAUGGUGGAAGACGCACUGAGAUGACGCCGGCAUGUCCCGGUCUCUGUUAUUCCUACUCAGUCUUGUCCUCCUCGUCUUGAGUGUCGCCGCCUCCGACUACGACGAACGACUGACUCUGACACCACUCCCCCUUGGCUCUCUCCUCGCUUCCUUCGACUUCCGCAGCAAUGAGACGGUGACGGACUAUGAGACACAGAACUUCAGAUUCUUUCCUCGCUCGCUUGGGCAGGCUUUGCGGCAUGCAAGCACGGAAGAACUACAUUUGAGGUUCACGUCAGGUAGAUGGGAUCCAGACACAUGGGGAGCGCGUCCGUGGGAUGGGACCAAAGAGGGGGGCACGGGUGUUGAACUAUGGGCAUGGGUCGAUGCAAGCUCCGAAGAAGAGGCUUUCGAGAAAUGGAUGACUUUGACACAGUCUCUGUCAGGCUUAUUUUGCGCCUCACUGAAUUUCAUCGAUUCGACGAGAACCACCAGGCCGAUCCGCUCAUUCCAGUCUCAAGGGACAGUCAAGACACAGAACGGAAACGGCCUUCAUUUCCUACAUGGAGUACUUCCUGGUGAAGUGGUCUGUACAGAGAAUCUAACACCGUUCCUGAAACUGUUGCCCUGCAAAGGAAAGGCGGGUAUUUCGAGUCUGCUUGAUGGACACAAGGUGUUCGACGCCUCAUGGCAGAGCAUGUCCAUUGAUGUGCGUCCAACGUGCAUUCUUGGUCUUACAGACUGUCAAAUGGAGAUCAGUCAGACGAUCGAUGUCGUCCUUGACAUCGAACGCUCAAAGCGGCCCAGGGACAAUCCAAUUCCACGGCCUGUCCCUAUUGAGAAUCUCAUCUGCGAUGAGACCAAACCGUACCACUCGCAGGAUGCAUGCUAUCCCAAGGACAUGACCGACGAAAUGGCGUGGUCGUUGAGUGAUCUCUUCGGACGCGCCAUGGCCGGUUCCUGUCCCUUGGCUGGCGAAGAUGCGAAGCCAGUCUGUCUAAACGUGCCACACGAAAGAAUGGUUUUGGCGAGCCCAGGCGUUACAGAAUUCAAAUCUGAGCCUGGUCCUCUGGAGUCUAGAUGCUACCACAUGAUGCCAACGGAGGAAUUCAACCUUCAACUCACCCAGCAAGAUAUGAGCGCCAAGCAUGAGCUGGGUCAUGAAUUACUUCGAGCCGAAAGGACCAUCACGGGUCACGGUGCUGCUCGAGGUGGCAUGCGCACGAUCUUCACUAACCCAUCUUCGACGGAGUCGGUCGAAUUUGUCUACUUCGAGAGCCUGCCAUGGUUCAUGCGCCCAUUUAUGCACACCUUGAACGCACAAAUCACCAGCCCUGGGUCUAUACACGAUGGCCAGAUCAUAACCGACAUGUACUACCGUCCCGCUAUCGAUCGGAAACGGGGGACACAACUUGAACUUGUCAUGACCGUACCUCCAGCAAGUACAGUCAUGCUGACUUAUGACUUCGAAAAAGCAAUACUUCGAUAUACAGAGUAUCCUCCUGACGCCAACCGUGGCUUCAACGUCGCCCCAGCGGUGAUAAGGAUCUUGAAUGAGGUAGACGCGACUGGCACGCCGAAAGAUGUGUACAUCAGGACAACGAGCUUGCUCCUGCCACUACCAACUCCAGAUUUCAGCAUGCCGUACAAUGUCAUCAUCCUCACGAGUACUGUUAUGGCUCUUGCUUUCGGAAGCAUAUACAAUCUGAUCGUCAGACGAUUCGUGGGCGUAGACGAGGUUGGCGACACCAAGCUUCAGCGGCUGGUCAAAGGUAUUUCGGGCGCCGUCGUGGCAAUCAAAGAUAGAGUGGCAGGCAAGAGCCAGAAAAUGGAAUGAGAAUUGAUGUACCCG